GCCCCCUUCCACCUGCUCGCGGCGAAAAGAGAAGCCAGCGGCACCGGGGAAAAGAGGACGACGCGGACCGACCACAACCCUGCUUGUUUUUUUUUCCGGGAACGAGGGCCGAGGCAUGGCAGGACUCUGGGCCGACUGAAGAGGACGAGGGAAUCUCGAGCGGGGAAAGUGUUACAAGGACCGGCGAAGCAGGAGGGUCCCGCUUGCCUGAUUCAACGGAGGUGAAUAUCCAGGAAGCAGUAUGAGCCAGAAAGGAUCCAUAGGCAGCCACUCUGGCUCUGCAAAUGGCAGCAUGGGUAAAGGAGACGGUGCUGGCAAAAUGAGUGCAAAAGAUCUAUAUGAACAAAGAAAGAAAUACUCCAACUCAAACGUCAUCAUGCACGAAACAUCUCAGUACCAUGUCCAGCACCUGGCUACCUUCAUCAUGGAUAAAAGCGAGGCCAUUGUAACAGUGGAAGACGCUGUCAGGAAGCUCAAACAGCUGAACUCCAAAGAGAAGAUCUGGGCCCAAGAAAUGCUGCUGCAGGUGAAUGACAAAUCUAUUCGACUGUUGGAUUGUGGAACUCAGGAAGAGCUCGAAGAUUUCCUCCUGCCAACAGUCCAGCACUGCCAGACUGUGCUGAAUCAGAUGCGCUAUCCCUCCAUCCUCCUGUUGGUGUGUCAAGACUCUGAACAGCACAAACCUGACAUUCACUUCUUUAAUUGUGAUGAAGUGGAGGCAGAGAUGAUUCAUGAGGACAUAGAAAGUGCACGUGCUGACCAUAAGUUUGGAAAGAAGAUACGGCCACAGACCCUCAAGGCGAACCAAGAGAAGAUCAAACAGAGGCAAUCCAUCCUCCCCCCACCUCAAGGGCCUGCACCCAUCCCUUUCCAGAAUGAAAGCAGAGGCUUCCAAAAAAACAACCAGAAUCGUGUGGUCCCUCCGUCCCAGCCAGAGUACGAUCGACGAAGUAGUAGCUCCCAGGAUUCUGAGGAGUCUCGUGCAGCUUUAGCACAGAAGAUUGAAAAAGAAACGCAAAUACUGAACUGCACCCUCGAUGAUAUUGAGCUCUUCGUGGCCAAGCUUCAGAAAGCAGCAGAAGCAUUCAGGCAACUGAACCAAAGGAAGAAGGGAAAGAAGAACAAGAAGAAAGGGCCAGCAGAGGGAGUUCUGACUCUGCGCGCAAAACCUCCACGUGAAAUCGAGUUUCUUGACUGCUUUCAGAAAAUCAAGCUGGCAUUAAAUCUUCUGGUCAAACUGAAAAAACAUAUUCAGAAUCCAAGUGCUUCAGAAUUAGUCCAUUUCCUGUUUGGACCACUGGAACUGAUUGUUAACAGCAGUGGAGGCCCUGAAUUUGCAAGGUCUGUUGUCAGUCCACUUCUUUCAAAGGAUACUACAGAUUUUCUAAAAGGGCAUCUAACACCAAAGGAAAUGGCAUUGUGGGAAUCCUUAGGAGGCACCUGGACAAGAUCAAGAGCUGAAUGGCCAAGAGAUGCCAACAUCCCAAGAUAUGUUCCAAAGUUUCACAAUGGAUGGGAGCCACCCCUGGAAAUCUUUCGUGGGGCUCCAUGGGAAAUUGAUAUUGGCCAUUUGCAAGAAGAGCUGUCAUCAUCCAAUGGGUGUCCCAAUCGCCACUUGAAGCCAGUCCAGACUUCAGACCAAAAGCAAGCAGUGGAUGCCUUUGCUCAGCAUGUUACUCAACAUGUAAAUAGGAAUUUUGAGGCACAAGGUAUAGCUCAGUCAAAGAGAUAUGCCAAAAUUCUUUAUGAUUUCACUGCUCGAAAUGCAACUGAACUGUCAGUGCUGAAAGAUGAAAUUCUAGAGGUGUUGGAAGAUAACAAGCAAUGGUGGAAGCUGAAAAACCGAAGUGGACAGGCUGGUUAUGUUCCAUAUAAUAUCUUAGAUCUGGUGACUCUGGAGGAUUUUGCAGCAAUGGAGCAGAGUAAUCAGAAAUACCGAGACUUGAGUCCACGAGCAUCUGGAUCUUCCAGCCCCUCCCAUAAGUUACCUCCUAGUUAUGCUGGCGACAAAUGGGGAAGUGAAAUGGCAGCCCACAGUUCUUCAGAAGCCAAAGGACAAUUGAUCCAUCACAUGGACGAGGUCAAUGAUGAAUUGCUGAAAAAGAUCACAAAUAUUAAAAUCCAGCAACCUCAAAGGAAUUUUAAAGUAGAGAAGACCCAGCAGGUUCAUGUUCCCUUAACCUUUGAAUCCAAUGCUAUGGAAGUCAGAGUUUGGCUAGAAGCAAAUUCAUUCAGCAAAGGGUAAGUGGCUCUUCUUUUUUUAUGCCUCCCCAUAUAUUUUUUUUUUAUUUCUUGCAAUUCUCCCUUCCCUUCCCUCCAACUGUAAGCUAAGGAUAGUGGAAGUAAGUCUAAUGCAACCACAGGGCAAUAGAUUCAUUUUUGUUUCAGAUAAUGUAAAAUGAUUGGGAUAGCAGGAUAAAAAAAAGUUAAUUGUUAAUUGUUUCUUAACUAUUAGGUUUCUUGCAGAAUAGGGAA